GACUUUUCAAAAGAAGAAAUUGAACAGAUGAUAGUACAAAGGAUUGAAUGGCAUGGUGAACUCUGUCUCCAGUUAGUAGACGAUUUACUUUGCUGGUUUACAGAUAUGAGAAAUAUUCCCGACGCAAAACCUGGAAUCGCAGGAAAAGGUUCCAUCCGAAUACCAAUAAAAUGCUCUUCAAUGAAAGGAAUGUUGAAACAUUUAGAGUAUAUGGACAGUGAUGAAUGCAAACAACGCCUUUCAGAGAUAUCGUGCAGUCUCAGCAAAAUGUUGGGUUUUUCUUGCUGCCUUUCGUGGACCAUAGUACCUGACAGUUUACAAAAAGUUACGAAAACAUUAUCGGAAGAAUUAAAAACUAUGAAAAUUGUGCUUCCAUUUGAAAAUAAAUCACUGGAAGGCUUAACAAAUAUGUGGACUUUCUUCGAAGGAGAGGGCGCUAAUAGGCACCUUACAAAAAUAUCGGAAACGUUGUCAAAAAUUGUGCGUGCAAACGUUAGUCUGACUGCAUCAGUUGAUCUGGACCAGUUUACAAAGGCGGUGUGUGAAAGAAGUAAAGAUAACAUAUCAAGUUCAAUAGAUACGAAAGUGCAGGGACAGGAACAACUAGGAAACAUUCAAGAUAGUGAGAACAUCUCAGAUAAAAGCAUAAUGGAUGAAAAAGAUGCUGCACAGGGAACUACAGAAAUGGACAUUUUACCAAGUUCUGAGUCUUUCAUCAAAGAAAAAAUGUACUUUUCAUUCACAACUGGAUAUAUGGCACAGUUACGUUUAUUAUAUGUUGGUUUUUCAUUGUUAAUUUCAUAUAUGACAGCACAAGAGGUAGAUGAUAUAAAACGAAGAACUGAGAAAGAGUUACAGACUAUCAUAGAAGCGAAGUGUGACCAAAGGCAAAAAAAAAAGAAAGCAUUGGCUCUUUUGUUUAAAUUCGUUGAGAUGAUCCAGAAUCGGGAUCACUUCUCUAAAGAAGAAAUCAAUCAGACGAUAGAACAAAGGAUUCGAUAUCAUGGUGACCUCUGUCUCCGGUUAGUAGACGAUUUACUUCAAUGGUUUGGAGAUAUAAGAGAUAUUCCAGACGCAGAACAUGGAAUAAUUGCACAAUUUUGUUAAGAAUAUUUUAUUGCAAAUGUUACACAAGACAUAUUCAUACUAGUAUAUUGCUUUUUUAGUAUUUAGAAUGUUUUAGCAAAAUUAGGUAACCAUAAAUAUUACAGUAUGAAAUAGUGCAUAGAAAAACUAUAUUCACUAGAAUGAAAAGGGAAGGAAGAAAAUAUGUAGAGGAAAUGUUCAGCUGCCCCAAACCACUCCUAGCUUUAUAUACAUAACAGUCAUGUUGUCUGGAGAUAAUGACAGUGUAAAACAGUGUUGGGAUCAGAUCACAAGUCAAGUAAACCGAAUCAUGUACAGCGAAAGCGUAAAGUGCUAGGGGCAUCUAUAGCAGAUCAUUCGAGAUUCAAACAGAUGUAAUUCUUACUUAGAAAAGAUGCCCGACAUAACUUACAGGAAAGGAGUAGCCAGUCGUAGCAAGAUGUGUCUCCAGCCUCAUUAGGAUACCGCCAGGAGUAAUGACAAUAAACCGUAAGUGACUAACCAUUGUCAAAUGGAAACAAGUAAUACAUAUUUCUGAAGUAUCCUUUGAAUUCUGCAAGACUAUUUCUAGAAGUGGUGGGGCAAAACUUAGCCAGGGCAAGCUGAGUUACUGAAUAGGCAGUGAUAAAGAAGGGGAGUAAGAAAUAGAAUAAGCAGGAUAUGAAAAGAAUGAAAGACUUUUAUCGUGAAUGGCAUACGAAACAUCUGAUAGUAUCAAAACUAAUUUCAGUUUAGUAAAAGUAAUUUACUGAAAAAAGUGCUUUAAAGGUGCAAAAUAAAGACAAAUUAAUAGACAUAAAUCUUACAAGACUACACAUUUUGAAGUAUACUACUAAACAUUACGAUAGCCGUGCAAUAUUCCCUUGAAAUCAACACAUGUACAGAGAAACAAAUGAUUGUUUUUGUAUUUUCUUAGACUGCCAUGGGUAGUCAUUUUAUCCUACUUCCGUGUUUAUCACUUUUCCGUUAUCGGUCGGAAAUUCUCCGGGAUCACGUGAUUUUAAAAUUAAUUCAAACGAAUAUCCGUUUAAAGACGCGCGUAAUUAUACACGAUUUACAUUAAAAUUAUGAGAUGUGCAACUGUUUAGUUUCAAAUUGACAGUGACAUAUAUUAGGCCAAGACAAUGUGUUUAAUGUCUAAAAUUUUAUUGAAUUAAUGUAGCCAUGAUAUGUACAUAAAUCAGUGUAUUUGGGUAAAUUUCAAUCACAUGUAAGAUAGUUAUUCAUUUAUAUUCUUAAAACUAUGCUGAAAAGAGAUUAACUGAAAAAGUUUGCGGACGAAGUUGUGAAAAUACUUUUAUUCGGGAAGGGCCUAAAUUGUCCUCCCGAAAACUUGUAGUAUAGCUGUAUAAUACCUGUAUCAUAAGAAUGAUUUUCAUGAAGUUUUUGUGAGUUACAAAAAUGUUGAAUUCCCUGUGCUAAGUUUGUAAAAGUCACGUUAUCGUUUGGGCAUAUAAUAUAUGUUGUAUCUAUGUAUAGGUUACUAACCGAGUAGGAGGUGUUCAUGAAAUGAAAAUACCCGCGCUCGAGGUGUUACCGCACGAGCGCGGAUAUUUUCAUUUCAUGGACACCGUUCUAAGAGGUAAGUGACUUACACAACGUCAUUUUAAUUUGUUAGUUUUAUUUAUUUAUUCAUUUAUUUAUAAGUCUUUCCUUCUCCCAGUCAGAAAAUAAAUUAUAUUGGGAAUUUCUUUAACUUCAGCAGGUAAAUUGAAAUACGUAAAAUGAUAUUAAAAAAGUUUAUGAAAGUUCUGCUAAUUGGCCAAUGUAAAUGCAUUUUUGUUUACCAAUUAUUUGUUGGGAGUUUUUUUUCUUUUAAUGCACAACUUCACACUUCGGUUGCAUGUCUAUAAAACAUUUUUCAUGAUAAACUUAGUUUCGGACUCUGCAUUUACGGUUUCGUCGUGGUCGUGGUCGUUAUGAUCAUCAUCAUCAUCAUCUAACAACAAUAAUUAAAAUGAUUAUCUUCUUCUACUCCUCCCUGUUAAGUACUGAGCCGUGAAUGUAUCUUGUAGAUGAAAACAUGACGAUCGUGAUUCAAAGGUCAGAAUAUACAAUAUUUAAAAAAGAAGUAUACAUUUGUAAAUGCUGCUUGACGCAGGUAUUGUCUAUUUUCCGUAAGUAUUGACCUGGCACUCAUUAAUCUUCACCAGUAUUUUCGGGGGUUUCCAUUAUUUUACGAAAUUUGUAUCCUAAAAUAACCAAUAUAAAUCACCAAUGGCACCGUGGCAUAGUGGUAGCUAUCUGACUGCCACGCACGAUACCACGAGUUCAAAAUCACCUCAGACCAUUUUUUUUAAUUCAAUGUAAUGUUGUUAUUGAUGUUACUGUUACUCUUACAAUAUCUGUGUAACAUAUUUCACGAAAUCUGAUUGUUUUCUCUUGUAGAUCUAGUAUUUAUUUUCAGGAAACGCUGGUGAGAAAUACUUUGUCUUUAUCUAAGAUACUUUUAAAUAUGUUUUAUUUAACAUUUUCCAUAACGUUUAUAGACCAUAAUGUUUGAUCCGAUAAAUAUGGCAAUAUUUCUACCGAUAAAAUUUGGGGGGAAAUGGUCAGUACGCAGGAGUUGAACCAAAAAUGCAGUUUAGCAGCUAAACGUCUUAUCGGCACAGCUAUUUGCACAUGUGACAUUAUGAAAAUUAUAAA